UGCAUCAUUUCUCCUGCUCCUGCUGAUGUUAGCGCUAGAACACGCUCAGGGAUAUAAACAAUUUAUUUUAUUGGUGAAAUGUUCAUCCAGAAACGUACGCUAAAAGGUUGUGAUUGUCAAUUGGAAUAGGUUAGAAUAACCGUUUGUCGAACUGCCACGCAAAGACCGCUUUGAAAUAUUUUUGAUUGUUUGUGUCAACGUCAAGAAAUAUUUGAGGAUUCAACAUGUGCGGAAUUUGGGCCAUAUUCGGUUUGGAAAAUCCGCAAAAGUUUUGCGCUUGCACUUUUCCAAAAAUUGGUCACAGAGGACCUGAUGCCUUCAGGAUAGAGUGUGACAGGAAACUGAAAAACUCUUGUCUUGGGUUUCACCGUCUUGCCAUUGUUGAUCCAAUAUGGGGCAUGCAACCGCUGAGACUUCAUUUGUAUCCUCACGUUAUGUUAAUUUGCAAUGGAGAAAUAUACAAUUAUAAAUCUUUGAAAGAUGAAUUUGGCUUUGAAUACGAAACCAAAGUUGAUGUGGAGUCCAUAGUUCAUCUGUAUGAAAAAUUUGGUAUAGAAGGAGUUGUCAAGAACUUGGACGGAGUUUUCUCCUUCUGUAUGGUGGAUCUCGAGGAAAAGAAGGUAUUUCUGGCCAGAGAUCCAUACGGAGUGAGACCAAUGUUCAAACUGAUCAGUAAAUCUGGAGUGCUCGGUAUAUGCUCUGAAGCAAAAGGUUUAGUUGAUGUAGAACACGAUCUCAACGGCGAAGAAAGGACCCUCGCACCAUUCAAACCUGGAACAUACGAGGAAUACAACGUUCUGGAUAAUGGAAAAGUAAAACUCGUUCGUCAAGCGUCCUUCCAUAAGCCAGGAGACAGGCCCAGUUUCAAAACAUACGUGCCAUUUGAAAAUUUGGCCCCUGCCGAUCACCUAAGUAACAUAAGGACCCUUUUAACAGCCGCCGUGAAAAAAAGAUUGAUGGCUGACAGAAGAAUUGGAUGCCUCCUGUCAGGGGGUCUAGAUUCUUCCCUUAUCGCAUCUCUGUUAGUCAGAGAAGCGAAAAAAGAAAACGUUCCUUACAAAGUACAGUCUUUUUCGAUUGGUAUGGAUGACAGCCCAGAUCUGAAAGCAGCCAGAAAAGUAGCAGAUUUUAUAGGGACGGAACAUCAUGAGAUCAUCUUCACAGAGGAAGACGUUGAAAGGAUUUUGGAUGAUGUAAUUUAUACGUUAGAAACCCCUGACAUAACGACCAUACGAGCGUCAAUUCCUAUGUAUCUCAUAUCGAAGUAUAUCCAGGACAACACAGACACAACAGUGCUAUUUAGCGGUGAAGGGGCUGAUGAAGUAGCUCAAGGGUAUAUCUACUUCAGGGACGCACCUGACUCUUCUAGUGCUCACGAAGAAAGUAUAAGGCUUUUGAGUGAAAUAUACAUGUUCGAUGGAUUGAGAGCAGAUAGAACAACAUCAUCGCAAAGUUUGGAAUUACGAGUACCAUUUUUGGAUUUACAGUUCACAAACUACUACUUGAGUAUCGAGGGAAGUCUAAGACAACCAAAAGACAAAUCUAUCGAGAAAUAUCUACUGAGAUCAGCAUUUGACAAAGAUGACUUACUUCCCCAUGACAUACUUUGGAGACCUAAAGAAGCGUUUAGUGAUGGCGUAGCCUCCCAAAAGAAAUCCUUGUUCGUCAUUCUUCAAGAAAUAAUCGACAGAAGAUUCAGUGAGAAAUACGAGAAGAUUUCUGCGACAAAGAAAUAUCCUCAUUGCACCCCAACUUCGAAAGAAUCUCUGUAUUAUAGGGAAAUAUUCGAGAAGAGUUUCGAAAAGUUAGCCGAUAACUUUUUGCCACAUUUUUGGAUGCCCAGAUGGGUGAAAGGUGUCACAGAUCCUUCUGCAAGAUUUAUUAAACAUUAUGAUGCUAAGGAUUAAAUAAACUCAUAAAGAAUA